AUGAGCGAUCCGGUGAUGGCGGCGGACGGGCAUGCUUACGAGCGGACGGCGAUGAAGCGCUGGCUCGCGACCAAGUCGACGAGCCCGAUGACGGGCGCGGAGCUCGAGAACACUGGCCUCUUCCCGCACCACAUGCUGCGCAGGCAGAUCCGAGAGUGGCGAGAGGCGCGUCCAGGACGGUCACUCAAGCCGGAGCAGCGCGCCGUCCUGGAAGCCACGUUCGACCUCAAGACCACGCCCGAUUCGUUCCUCACUCGACGUCUCGCGGAGGAGUGCAACCUGAAGCCGCGCCAAGUGCAGGUGUGGUUUCAGAACCGCCGCCAGCGGCUGCACAAACGAAAGAGGCCCGUCAAUACGACGUCGCCGUCAGCGGCCGAGCCACCGGCGAAAAAGGCGGCAGCGGAGCCCGCGAGCAGCGAGCCCGAGAGGAGCGAGCCGGUCGAGAGUGAGUCGGUCGAUAGCGAGGCGGACCCGUGCUCGCCCGCGCUGACCUUCUACACGGACGACUUUGGCGCCGAGCUCCCGCUCCUUUGGCUCGACGAGCUCGACGUCGGCACGGCGUGCGAUGACUUGGGGUCGGAGACGGAGACGACCAUCAACUCGCCGGCACCUCAGCGGCUGGACGCCGAGCCGCACGCCUUUGCGUUUGGCAGCGGCGAGCACCUCUCGACCGCGGAAAUGCUCUCUCUGCUUGAGCUCACCACAGAGCCGCUUGGCCGCUAGCGACAGCGCGCUGUCAUCUUUGAGUCGCAUCGCGCCCUGCGGAAAGGCGUGCAGUGUACCUCUCCGCGACCGGCCGCGUCGUGGCCGGCCCUCACCCGUGCCGCCGCCGCCCUCUGGGAGGCUUGUUCAAUAGCUUGCUAUGCAAAGGUGUUGAGGAGGACUACGUCUAUUUGUGUGCAGCUACGUAUCGCCCGUAUGCUCCGAGACAGAGCGGGGCGUCCAUACGUCUCCCCUCUGCGCGUGUGACGUGACUCAGUCGUGACGCAUGCGUGCGGGGCCAUCCACAUGCGAGAGCCUGUGUGAGAGGGUACAUUAUAGGGUCAAGCAGAGCACUGUGUGCCAGCCUGUGUCGUACGUGUGUGUCGCUCUUGUUUAGUAGAGUGUAGGCGUCGCACAUCGUAAGCGCGGUAAGGGAUGUGCGCGCCCUCAGUCUUAGAAGACAACAAUCAGAUCCGGUACUCAACACCGCUGCCGCUAGUAAUACUUGUAGUAACACAGUGUCUCGGGCGGCGCCGGGCAGCGCCUCUCAAGUGCAGUCAUACACCCUUGGGUAGGCGUCACGCUGCCACUCGGCGAUGUGAGAGGGGUAGGCGCCCGAGCGGUCGUAGAGCUUGACCCCGGUAUAGUCGUACCCGCCAUCUGAAACGCUUGUCGCCGACUCUACGCCAGCGCCAUCGACUCGGUUCCACCGCUCGAAGGUGCCCUCAGUGGCGUUGAUCGGUGUCGCGAUCCACUUUUGCAGCCUGCGUCGCCCGUUCCAUGAGACGUCCGUGAUCGAGGUGAUCUCGUUCUGGUCUCCAAAGUGGAUCUCGCGCGUCUGGAGGACACCUGUGUUGUACUGCGUCACGUAGUCAAAGGUCCCCAGCAGGUUGGCGCUCACCGUCCAAGCGUCAUACUUGAGCGGCCGGAGCGAGUACACACGGGAGGUGGCAUUCCACGCCUCUGGCUCCAGCAGCGCCAUCAGCCCGUCGGAGAAGAGCGUGUCAUGCCCUACCAUGUGGCGCCAGUUCAGAAACCAGAUUCCAAAGAUCGGGUCUGGCGGCGAGGCGGCGAGUUCGGCGGUGCGGUUGAGCGUCGCCAGCAUCGCACCGAGCUGGCGUUCUCUGGGAACGGAAGGACACAGCCACCAGCCGAAUGCGCCCGGGAUGAAGAGGGCCAGCAGCGCAGCCCGCAUGUCGGUGGGCGUGACGAGAGGGUGGGGCUGUAGCGAGAGGACCGGAAGGUAAGGUCCGCU